UCGGCUUCCCUUCCACUUCCGAAAGGUCCUUUAAAGGGCCAGCAAAGGUUUAAAGAAACGAUUUAAAAAUGGAGACUAAAAUCAAUUGUCCCAUGAGAAUGUCGGGUGAUUAAAACCGGCGACUCUUCCGACUCACAGAAAGGCUGCGUUUCAAAUCCAAGGCAAAGCAAUUGAGCACAGCUUGUUGCAAGUCGUUUCUGAGCUAGAAGCACAUAAUGGAGCCGCCGGGGGCUGGAGUCGGAAAAACGGCUGAGUUAGAAGAGGCAGGGGAGAUCGGACUCUGCCGGCGAUCACCGCCAGUAUCGGUAGCAGCGGUACUACCUGCCGGAGGAAGCGGGGAAAGACUGGGUGGCAGCACCCCAAAGCAGUUUUGUCCAAUGCUGGGGAGGCCACUCAUUAGCUAUACCGUGCGGGCGAUAGAAAGAAUCAACUGGAUUUCUGAUGUUGUGGUUGUGGUCUCUCCAGAGAAUAUUGAAAUAAUGAAAUCUAUUAUUAGAAAAUAUGGCCAUGAGCGAACAACAGUAGUGGAAGGAGGACUAACCCGUCACAGAUCUAUUUUCAAUGGAUUGAAAGUAUUUGUAAAAGGCAAUACAUUCUGUGUUCCACUCCAGAAACCAGAAAUAAUAGUAAUCCAUGAUGCUGUCAGACCAUUUGUUGAGGAGGAUAUUCUUUUUAAAGUGGUUAUGGCUGCAAAAGACCAUGGGGCAGCAGGAGCAAUCCGUCCUCUUGUCUCCACAGUUAUUGCUUCAACUACAGAGGGAUGUUUAGACCAUUCACUAGAUCGUGCCAAGUACAGAGCAAGUGAAAUGCCUCAGGCUUUCUUAUUUGAUAAACUCCAUCAAGCAUAUCUUCAGUGUAGUGACUAUGAUUUGGAUUAUGGAACAGAAUGUUUGCAUCUAGCUUUAAAGUAUAGCAAAAUAAAUGCUAAACUUAUUGAAGGACCUCCUGACCUUUGGAAGGUAACAUACAAGUGGGAUCUUUUUGCAGCUGAUUGUUUAAUCAAAGGUAUGUGUUUUUCCUUGUUCCUACAAUUUUCAUAUUAUCUUCUAGGCCUUGGGCACAAUCUCCAAUUCUUUUUGGAGAUUGUAAAGCUUCAAGAGACCAUGGAUUCAGCUGCUGCACUUAUUACUGUAUUAAUAAGAGAACGAAAUCCUGCAUUUGUUGGUCAACUUCUAGUAGCAUGAAAAAAUAUUUUUAAUUAUUCAUGUUUCAAAGUACAGAUUUUUUAACAAUUAAAAACUAGGGUUUGUCACUAAUAACAUUUAGCAUGAAAUAUGCACAUUUUAAAUAUAAAAUAUUUAUAAUGAAUACAGAAAAUUCAGUUGCACAUUGCCUCAAGUGCCUUGAGCAGAAAGGAGGGUUAUGAAAUAGGCUAAAUAAAAUAUUUCUAAGAAGAUAUAAGUGAAAAGUAAAUAUUUCUAAUAUAUAUGAGAAUGAACUGAUAAACUGAAAAAUGUUUUAAUUGAACUCUAAAUUAAGGAAUCUAUCAGAAAUAUUUAUUAAAAUGUUGUAUGGCUGUUAUUUUAGAGAAAUACUGUGCAGUUGUAUGCUCAUAGUUUUGCCGUUUGUGUAUAUAGGAAAAACAGGAAAAGUCCAUGUGCAAAAAUAAGUUGUUACAAUCUCUCUUUUGCUUUAUGUAACCCCUACGGUUGAUUUCAUCUUAACAGAUAAUGGAGAUAGAUCAGCUUUCCCAAAAUGUUUUCCAUCAGAUGUCCUGGAUUUCAGCUUCCAUAAUGUCUAAACACUGCUGAGAAUUUUAGAAAUUGGGGAAGACUGAAUUGUAUUUCGUGAAAUACAAUAGUAAAAUCAAAUGUAUGGGCAAAAUAAAACAAAGUAUUACAAAUUAUACUUAUGAAACAAGUUACUGUAGCCUAAUAACUACAGGAUAGGAUUAUCACAAGUCCAUCAUUUCCAAAAGAAAUUCUGCCACUUCGGGAAAAUAGAAGUAUGCCACUACUAGGGGUUUCCACAUUUCAUGAGCAGACUGUAAAUCUCUGAGCUGAAAAUAAAAGACUAAUUCAAGCAACUGUAAACAAGGUUUACAGAUUCCACUACACUAAGUUUAUUUGAGUUUGGCCCACAAGUUGCAUUAGCCCAACUGUUAGGUUUUGCUGAUCAUGGUUGUGGACUUGACAUAGCAUAUGAAUGCAUCAUCUGUAAGUAAUACAGCCAGCACUUUGCAUUGUCAAAUAUUGUGAGUAGCUAACUUAUCUCUGUAUUGGUAUGUAAGAAAGACAUCAGGACAUAGGAUGAAAAAAUGCUGCCUAGGGAAUGGUAAGAGGCUGCAUAUCCAACAGCUGUGUUAUGUUCAGAGAAAGAGACACAGAAGGGUGUCUGAGUGGUAUAUUUGUACUUUCAGAAUUGCAACAUUCUGUUAAUGUAGCUUUACACUAAAGUAGAAUUGGAUCAUAUCACCAUUUUUCCUGUCUGAUUUACCUGGGAAGGCUGACAGGAUCUUAGGUAAUAUCUUUUUUAUUUCAGAGACAGUUUAUUUACUAUCAUAUUUUUAUCCAGCAACAAGUAACAUGUUGAGGGAAUAUAUAAUAUUCCUGCCUACAUAAUCUACACAACAAUUAUGCAAAGCGGGUAGGAGAGAGUGGCCCAAAGUUACCCACCCUAACUUCUAUGUCUGAACAAAAACUAGAUGGUUUUUAUGUCAACAACUUGACCACUGUACCACUUGUGUUCAGCAAUAAAUAUUAAACAUUUAGAUUGCAUAUUUAUAGUUGCGUAAUAAUGGUAGUAAGGACUGAAAUAACUUAAAUGUCUUUUAAAAUGCCAAUACAUUGUUUAUUUUCUAUAUGUUAUUUGUGGAAAACAUUAUUUUAAUACUAAUUUCAGUUAUGGUAUUAUAUUAAGAAAUUAUCUAAUAUCCACUUUACUAGUUAGUUAUCUCCUACUAUUCAUAUGGAAUAAUUUGUAUCCUAAUACCCUUAUGUAUGCAUGAACAAACUCCAGUUGCAUUUAUGAUCUUCAACUGCAUGCUUUCAUAUAAUAUAAUGUUACACACGCAUGUAUGUGUGUGUAUGUAUACACACAUAUACUAAAUACGGUUGAUGCUAGAUGAGUAUUAAAACAAUUUUAUAUUUUUCUGUUUAUAUUCAUGCACAAAAUCUUUGAGGUUAAGUAUAUCAUUAAUCAUCUCUUACAUCAUUUCAUAAAUACUUGAGGUAAAUAAAAAAUGCCUAUAAACUGAUGCCUUGAGGUGCUGUUUGCUUCAUGAAUUUAAAGUUUACAUUUAUGAGAGAGCUAAUAGAUCGGUUAGAGCAGUUUAAUGCAGAAAUUCUAUUUUCAAGCAAUUUUUCUGAAAAU